CACGAAUGAACCUUCGCUGUGAAAUCACCAAACUUCUACGUUGCUGCCUGACCGCCUGCUUCGAAUGCAUAUUUGUGCUGCUCUCGUGAAAGCCGCUGCGGAAUUUUUAAUGGCUAUGGCUACCAAGGAUGCUUCAAGCUACUACUACUCCGUCUCCACCCUGAACGUGAAACCGGAAAACCAGGCAAAGGUGGUCGAGUUCUUUACACGUGUGGGGGAAGCAACAGAACGGCUGGAGCCCGCUGCCAAGAUCUAUCGAUGGUAUAAGGUUCAAGACAAGGACCAGUUUGUCUUCAUUGAAAAAUUCGCCAGUGAGGCAGAUUAUCGCGCACAUCAGAAGUCAGAGCACGUUCAAGGCCUGUAUCGAGAGUACAUCGACUACAUUACAGAACCUUUCGCGUUUUAUCCGAUAGACACUUCCGAGGAAAGAUUGAUUGGGGGUUUGAGAGGGAAUGAAAUGUUACUAAGAUGAGAGCUCAGCAAUCCCUUCAAUGUUUCGGGCAAUAUUCCUAGUAGUGCGGUGAUGAUACCUUGAUCGGGGCCCCGGGCCCUGAGAUCCUUGAAGCAGAACGCAUUUGUACUAUGAUUGUCACAUAGUCUCAAUAGGUAGCUACCAGACUGGGAAAAAUGAUGCCUUGGUGCUUUUCAUAGGGAGAUAAGGAGGGGGUUUUGAAUCG